GACAGAGCGGUGUGUGGGGGGGUCCUCAGCAGAAAUGGGCACUCAGGGGACUGCCUUGCCCCCGGUGAAAAACGUAAUGGUCUACCGGAACGGCGACCCCUUCUUCCCCGGACGGAGGUUCGUGGUGAACCACCGGCAGGUGGCCAACCUGGAGAGCUUCCUGAACGACGUGACGCAGACCAUCUGCGCGCCCGUGGCGGUGAGGACCCUGUACACGCCGGCCGAGGGCCACCGUGUCCACCAGCUGAAGGACCUCCAGAGCGGGGCCCGCUACGUCGCCGCGGGAUUUGAGCGCUUCAAGAGACUGGAUGUGCUCCAGGGCAGAGGCAUUCAGAGACCCAACGUCUCCGCAAAAUGGAGGAAGGCCAUCCAUCUACCCUGCAUCAUUCAUGUGUUUCGGAAUGGGGAUGUCCUGUGCUCGCCCCUGAGGCUCAUCCUGCCCAGGAGCACCCUGCAGGACCUGGAGCAGAUCCUCACCAUGGUGUCGGAGAAGGCCAGCCUCCGGACCGGGGCGGUGCGCAGGCUGUGCACUCUGGAGGGCGGAGCCGUGUCCACGGGGGAGGAGCUGGAGAGUGGCCAGUACUACGUCGCCGUGGGAUCGGAAAAGUUCAAAAAGCUUCCGUACGUGGAGCUCCUGGUCCCCAAAGCGCCAGCCGGUCACGGCCACAGAAACCAUUUCGGAGACAGGAGGCUGCCGAAAAGAUACGAGAACAGGAAGCUGGUCAGCGUUCCGCGGGAUCGAUACAGUGACUCCACCCUGCUGGACUCUCCAGAGUCAGACGGCCGGAGGGUGAAGUCGACGGGGGACGAGGCGGGGGGGCCGGGGCCCACGCAGGGGAGACCCCCAAAAGAGGAGGACUCCCUCUUCUUCGCCAAACCAGCAAAGGUGCACAAGAACAGGGGAGCCGCAAGAUACACACAGCCCCUGAGGGGGAAUGCACACCCCAGUGUGUUUAAAGCGGACGUGAGGAAGAGGAGAAAGGAGGUUCAGGGAGCUGAAGAGGUGGCAGAGGAUGAAGAUACUGCGGUGGAACUUCCUGUGGACCAGAGAGUGGCAGAGACUGUGGAGGACGAGGAACUUGAGAAACUUCGCCCUGAAACACCAAGAGACGACCCCGACCUUCCGCCAGCCAGACAGAAAACCCCCGCAGAGCCCAGGUCUGAAGACAGAUCCGAGACAAACAGCACACCCAGUCGCUACAGAGAGACCGACGGCCGGACCAGUUCCACUCUUCACGGGUUGCAACAGCAGGAGACGGAUGACCGAGACUCGCCAGCCGGAUCGAUAGCGGGACGCGACUCUCAGGAUGUCAAAGAAGAGACGGUUGACGAUGCACACGACGGAGAGUCUUCACAGGCAGAACAGGCGGCUACACCUCCCAAAUCUGGAUCGGGAUCCGCGACGUAUCGCAGCUAUCAGGACCCGCAAGAGGCCGGGAACAUACGCCCAGGGAGCCGACUGUCCACGAACGAACUGGCGGCUUAACUGGAAGCUGCGACACAUGCCCAUAAAAGAAAACGCAGGCUGAUUGGGGCUUCACACAGCGUCGUUUCACAUAAACUGUGAAGCAAAACGGCAGUUAUCCUGCACAAAAGAGCAAAUCUAAUCAGUCACCCAUAAUUGUAUGCUGAGUUUCACUCCCCCAUCUUACUAGCAAUUCGUUAUAAGAGGGCCGUUAAUUGCAUCAGAAACAAACAAUCAAGUAGGCUAAUACAUUUAGGCAUACCACGUUCAUCUAUGACCUUUUAAUCAGUUCGAUCCGUUAAAGUUGGGGUAUGCUAUUUUUUCUUUUUUGGUCGUAUGACAUUCUCUUCACAUUCCAACGACUAGCAAUAAACCAACUACUCUGGAGGGGAAAAAAAUCUGUGACUGUCCCAAGACAGAUUUCCGUUUUUCAUCGCCCCCGAUGAUGAAACAUCCAGUGAGGGCAGUUCUCAGGCUGGAGGCGGCCUUACCUGCCUCUCUGCGAGAGGAGGGGGUGGGUUUUUCGCCGCUGUAUACAUGUAAAAUCUUCCUUCUUCUAGCCAGAUUCAAAGAUCGCCUACACGAGCUUUGAAGGUACAAUCGGUAAUUUCGAACUUCUAACGGUCAAAAAAGGAAUUGCAGCAACAAACACGCUCAAACCGCAACACUGUUUAUCCCUCCCCCUUCUCUGUGAACGCGCUGACGUUGAAACGCCAUUGGCUGUGGCAAUUAGAACCAAUUUUCAACCAAUGAGCUUGAAAUAUUGUACAACUGUACGGCCCGUCAACUGCAUAUUUUGAACCCGAAUUUAAGCACUAUAAAUACAGGCAGAGGGUGAGUCAACAUGUCAAUGAGCAUUUUCCAAUGAUAGGAAGGGAUUUACAAUGGUCUUGUAGUAAUGUUUUAACAAAAAAUCUUGCCUAUUUUACCUAAAAGCUAAAACUUUCAUUUCCUAGUGUGUUGUGAAGGAUUCCUUUUCAAAGAACUUAUUUUUUUCCAAUAACUAGCUGAUCAAUCGCUGAAAUCUGUGACAUCCCAAAUGUUAAGAUGUGUACGUGACCUGACCAUUCAAAUUAUUACUGUUAUUACUUAUUUUUUACUGUUACUCAUUAUUUUAAACAAGUGGAAAAACAAAGCAAAUGGUGUCAAAACCUGCAUUGUGUUCAAAUUUGUUUCCACACAAAGUUAUACAACUUGAUCAUGCUUUCAAUUAGCCUACCUGUAUUAAUAAGUUGGUUUCCAGAACACCAGUAUAUUUCAGGGCAAAUUGUGGACAUUUGUGAGGUGUGCUUUACUCUGUGACCGUGUCCCGUGUCAGAUUAAAGGCUGAGAUUUCA